CCCUCAGCCGCGGCGCGUCGUCGUCGCUGGGGAGCCCCAGGUCGCCGCCGCCCUCCUACGGGAGCAUCGUCACCGUGCUGAGCAUCGACGGUGGCGGCGUCCGCGGUAUCAUCCCCGGCACCAUCCUCGCCUUCCUCGAGGAGAAGCUCCAGGAGCUUGACGGACCGGAGGCGAGGAUCUCCGACUACUUCGACGUGAUCGCCGGAACGAGCACGGGCGGUCUAGUGACGGCCAUGCUCAGCGCGCCCGAUGACGCAGGCCGCCCGCUCUUCGCCGCCAAGGACAUUAACCAGUUCUACCUCGACCACUGCCCCAAUAUCUUCCCUCAAGCCAGCAAAGGGCCUUUUGGCUUGAUGAGGAGCAUGAUGGGACCCAAGUACAACGGCGAGUACCUCCACACGGUCGUCAAGAAGCUCCUCGGUGAGACGCGGGUCGGGGACACGCUGAAUAACGUCGUCAUCCCAACCUUCGACAUCAAACUUCUGCAGCCCACAAUCUUCUCGACUUACAACGCCAUGAAGGAUAAAUCAAAGAAUGCUCUUCUAUCCGACGUCUGCAUCAGCACCUCGGCUGCGCCGACCUACCUCCCCGGCCACCACUUCCAGACAGAGCACGAGGACGGCAGGCCCCGGGACUUCAACCUCAUCGACGGUGGCGUUGCCGCAAACAAUCCGACCCUGCUGGCAAUGACGGACGUCAGCAAGCAGAUCCUGAUGGGAAACCCAGACUUCUUCCCCAUCAAGCCCGCGGACUAUGGCAAGUUCAUGAUCCUUUCGCUGGGAACCGGUACCGCCAAGAUCGAAGAGAAGUUCGACGCUGCUGAGUGCGGCAAGUGGGGCCUUCUUGGGUGGCUCUACAACCGGGGCGCCACACCCAUCAUCGAUAGCUUCAGCCAGGCCAGUGCCGACCUUGUGGACAUCCAUGCCUCUGUGCUCUUUCAGGCGCUUCACUGCGAGAAGCGAUACCUCCGGAUCCAGGACGACGAGCUCAAGGGCGAGACGGCCUCCGUCGACGUGUCAACACCGGAGAACCUCAACCGGCUCGUCGACGUUGGCAAGGCGCUGCUCAAGAGGCAGGUGUGCAAAGUGAACGCCGAGACGGGGAAGAACGAGCCCGACCAAAAUAGGGGCACAAACCAGGAGGAGUUGGUCAAUUUCGCACGCAUGUUGUCAGAGGAGCGCAAAGCCAGGCUUCGGAAGGAGGGCGAUGUUGAAUUCUAGAGGCUUGGGGCAUUCCUUAGUAUUCGAAUUUGAUGAGACCGACAAGCACUACCUAUAUUAUUUGUAUAGAUAGACAUAUUUGUGUACAUAUUAAUUUGUUGAUAGUCAUUUAUAUCUGUUAAUUCGUGUAGAUAUUCAUUCGUUUGUCCAAUAUUCCUUGUAUAAACUACUGCGUAUAUGGCAUGGAUGUUCCGAUUUGUGAGUUUC